UCCCCGCAAGUUGUUUCGCCAUUCAUGCACAGUGUGCGGUUCGCUGCACAGGUGGCACUGUUUCUCCCUGCCCUGUUCGGUUAUCUUGGUACUUGCGCUGCAGAGCCCCGUAUCGUGUUUAUCAUACGUAGUGCGUUCUUGUUCGGACAUUUCAAUAUUUUGCUGUUGAAUUGGGCCAGUUGAAUUCCGUGCCAACAUGGCCAGAACUCUAGCACUUUCUGUGGGCUUGCUGGCCGUGCUCACGACGCUUGCGGCGGGCCAGGGAGCCGAUUUCACGCUAGGUACGACCGACGUUCGUAGCGACGUGCCCUCGGUGAUUGACCAACCUGAAGAUCCUGUUCAAACCUCCAACGAAAUUAUCGAGCGCAACACCGGCAUCAGCGUGCCCUUUGGCCGCUCCAAAGUCCUGGACCCCGAGACCGAAUUAAAGAUCAACGUGCAGGAGGGCGACAUGUGCAUGGUCACUGUGCUCGCCGACCCGCUCUCGCAAAUCCCAGGCCGAUUGACCCCCAACCGCUUCCCCUGCGACUUCGGCCGCGGCGAUGUCAAGUACGUCCACUUUGGCUCUCGCAAGCCCAUGCGGGACCGCAUCAAGCUGCAGCUCCGCUAUGACUCUGAGACCAGUACCAUCAUCAUCCCUUUCAUAAUCGACGUGACCGUGGAGUCCAAGCAGCUGGAGAUCAUACAGAAGAGAGUGCCUCUAAGGGUUGCCAAUCUCACAGGAGUCAGCGACGUGCUGGACGGCUCUAAGCUGGAGUUCGCCUACGACCCGUCCCAAGUUUGCAAGGUGACUGUCCUCAGUUCCGCCAGUGGUUGGCCGCGCUACGGUGAAGUGCUUGGGGGAGAGGGCAUCCUUGGCACCAUGCAAGACUGUACUGAUUUCUUGGACUUGGGUCUUCAAUACCGACACACCUCCCUCAAUAAUUCUCCCCGCAUGGACCACAUCCCCAUGGUUGUUGAGCUUCAGGACCAGAGUGGCAGCGUUGUGCAGCAGGAGUACUUUCAGGUGGAUGUCAUCAUUGAGGACGGAGUUGAGAACAAUCCACCCACUUUCAGCAAUAGUGCCAUGAUGAUUUUGGAGCUGAACCAGUUUGUCAUGACUGCCAUCACUCCAGAGAUUAUCGCAGCUGAGGACACAGAGACAGAUCCAGAUAAGUUGAUUUUCAAUAUUACUGUCCCCCUAAACCCUGGUGAAGGUUACAUUACCAGCACUGAUGAUCGCAAUCUCCCCAUUUCUUCCUUCACUCAAGCAGAUGUCCGUGAUUUGAAAAUUGCAUAUGUCCCCCCUGCUAGUGACUCUAAUGAGAUGAGAAUUUUCCAAGUUGAACUUGAGGUUGUUGACUCUGAACUCGCUUCUUCUGAACCAUUCUCCCUUAUGAUUGUUGUCAACCCCAAAAACACCAUGGCCCCUGUCGCAACCAGAAAUGCUGGCCUAACACUGUUUGAAGGUCAAUCCCGCCAGAUCCUCACGGACCAGAACCUUGAAAUUUCAGAUGAGAAUAAUCUCUGGGAUGUAGUUAUUGCCCCAGUCAAUGGGCCUUCCCAUGGUUUUCUUAGAGUAGAUGGCCAACCCAGAAAAUUCUUCACUAAUGAUGAACUAAGAGCUGGCGUAGUCACAUACCACCACGACGGGUCUGAAACUUACAGUGACAAUAUCAUUUUCAGAAUGAAUGAUGGUAAAAAUGAAACUGAGUUCCUGUUCCCAAUCACUGUUGCCCCUCGUGAUGACCAGCCCCCUAUCAUAAAUGUCAACACUGGCCUUCUGAUCAGCAAGAAUGAACUGAAACCAAUAUCUGAGUUUGUGCUUAGUGCCACUGAUGUAGAUUCUGAUGACAGCACUAUCAGGUUCAUCCUUGAACCCCCUUACUCCACGCAAGGCAACAUUGUAAUUCGUCAACUUGAAUUGCCACCCGAUCCUCAAAACUGGUCCUUCCUUGGUAAUUACUAUGAGAGACCUGUCACAGAGUGGACAUUGGAUGACAUCCUUAACAACCGUCUUUUCUAUCGUCACAAUGGGGUUCAUAACUCUGAUGUGGUCAUGGACAGAAUGCUCUUCCGUGUAGCUGACAGUUACCCAAAUCUUUCACCUGUAUCUGAGUUUGUUGUCAAAAUUCUCCCUGUUGAUGACCAGCCACCGUACUUGUACCCAGGCACCACUCUUGACCUGUCUGUUGAUGAAUUUGCCCUGACCACUAUCCGAAAACCCAAUCUCAGAUACACUGACCAAGACAGUGAAGACCGCAACUUGUACUACACCAUCACUGAUGGCCCAAGAGACACUGAUCCCAAUAACCCACUCCCAGCAGGUCAGAUUGUCUUGAUUGAGAACCCUGAUGUGCCCAUUUCCAACUUCUACCAAAGCCAGAUUAACCACCUGAAAAUUGGCUACAAACCCCCUAGUGUUGAACUUGGCAUCAGUCCUCGUAACAUCCAGUUUGUUUUUGCUGUUCAAGAUGAGGCAGGCAACAUCGUAUCAGGUCAGCGAUUUACUAUUCUGCUUCAUCCAGUUGACAAUAAGCCACCAUCUGUGACCAACACUGGCUUUUCUGUUUCUGAGGGGGAUACGAUUGUUAUAGACCUGAGCAUGCUUGAUGCUGAUGACACAGACACCGAAAGCAGUCUGCUCACCUUUAACAUCAAGCAGACUCCAGCCUUUGGUAGCAUUAUGAUUGAUGGAGUUCCCAUGCAGCCUGGUGACACCUUCACCCUGGAUGACAUUGAUCGUGGUCGUGUCACAUAUGUCAACAGUGGAGAGGAGGAGUUGGGUGAUGUUAUUAGUUUGGAGCUGACCGAUGGCAUUCACGUUGUACCUGUGAACAUUCAAGUCAAUAUACGUCCUGUGGAUGAUGAAGCGCCAACUUUAGACCUACCACCAGGCACUCUAGGCUCUUUCCUCGAAGUUCCUGAGCAGUCGACUAGUCUUAUCACCAACAAUAUUCUCAGUGCAUCUGAUCCUGACACUGAAGACCUCCAGCUGACUUUCAUUGUUGACCGUUUCCCUAGAGAGGGCAUCUUGGAAAACAAUGGAAUUCCACUAACUUCCUUCACGCAGCAGGACAUUGUCAAUGGCUACAUUCGGUACAGGCACACUGGUGGUGAAAUUGGACUCACCAAGCGUGAUGACUCCUUCAACUUGACUCUGUCUGACAUGUCUGAUCGAUGGGUGAAAGACAACACAGUCAUCACACAGAUUGAGGUUUUCGUCACAAUUCUGCCAGUAGACGAUGUUGCUCCAAAUGUCACAGUUGGUGCUCCAUUUGAUGUUGAUGAGGGAGGCAAGAAUACAAUCACACUUCAGCAUCUCUCAGCAACUGAUAUUGACUCCAUAGAUGAUGACAUCAUUUGUACUGUUAUUGUCCAGUCCACACAGGGCUACCUUGAGAACAUCUCCCCUUCUCCAGGUUCCGAAAAGUCACGUGCCGGCAUCCCCAUUAGCGCUUUCUCCAUCAGAGAUAUUCGUCUUAACCACAUCAACUAUGUCCAGAGUAUCCACAAAGGUUCUGAGCCUCAGCAAGAUCAGUUCACCUUUGUUUGCUCCGAUGGCAUCAACCCAUCCCAACCUUAUUUCUUCCCAAUUGAUAUCAACCCAGUCAACGAUGAAGAGCCCCAGGUCUUUGUCAGAGAGUUUGUUGUGGAAGAGGGUGGUAUGAUCAAGAUUGACCCAGUUUUGCUGAACGGUGUUGAUGAGGAUAUUCCCGGCGACCUACUUGACUUCCACAUCAUCAUCAAGCCGACAAGGGGAGACAUCAUCCAGUCACGAGCUGACCGAGUUGUCCCAGUGAAGAACUUCACCUUGGAGCAGAUUCAGAGCGGUGUUGACAUCUUCUACAAGCAUGAUGGAAGUGAGACAACUUCAGAUACUUUCACAGUUACCCUAACUGAUGGUGUCCAUGAAGUGACCACUGAGGUGAAUAUCCUUGUUCUGCCAGUAGAUGAUGAAACCCCACGUCUUGCCAUCAAUGAUGGACUGGACAUGGAAAUCGGUGAAACCCGAAUCAUCACAAAUCGCGUCUUACAGGCAACUGAUCUUGAUUCACCAGACUCUAAUCUGACCUUUGUAGUCCGCUUUGAACCAAGGUAUGGUCUGCUGCAGAGGCUUAGCAAGAUUGACGGCUCUGUUGUGGAAAACAUCACACUUGGCAUGAACUUCACACAAUGGGAGGUAGACAACCAGCGUAUCCGCUAUGUCCAUACAGGCAAAGAAGGUGGCCGGGACCUCAUCAAGUUUGAUGUCACCGAUGGAACAAACCCCUUGAUCGACCGCUACUUCUACAUCAGCGUGGACCACAUUGACAAUGUUCACCCUGAUGUUGUCAAUGCCGGUGUGACGCUACAAGAAGGUGGACGUGUUACCUUGACCACUGACAUCCUCAGCACCAAUGACAUCAACAGCCCAGAUGAAGCCCUGCUCUUCACCAUCACCGAAGGGCCAAUCAAGGGUCACCUUGAGAGCACUGACAACCCAGGUGUGCCAAUCACCUCCUUCACCCAGCUUGACCUGGCGGGCAAUAAGAUCUAUUAUGUCCACACCCAAGAUGACGAGAUGAGAAUGGACAGCUUCCAGUUCCAGGUGACUGAUGGCUUCAACACUGUGGUCCGCACUUUCCGCAUCUCCAUCAGUGGGGUUGACAAUAAGAAACCAGUUGUCACCUUCAGUCCAAUCACCUUGAAGGAGGGUGAGAAUAAGCUGAUCACUCCUUUUGAGCUCCGCAUCACUGACACUGACACUCUUGACCAGAGCAAACUGAAGUUCACCAUCACCCAGCUGCCUGUCCACGGCAACCUCCUGCGGGACAACAGCGAGAUUGUCACAAUGUUCACCAUGGCGGACUUGAACGAGAACCGCAUCAGCUACCAGCAUGAUGGCAGUGAGUCCUCCAAAGACAGUUUCUCCUUCAUCGUGACAGAUGGCACCCACACCGACUUUGCUGUGGCACCAGAUGUCACUACCUUCACCCAGACCCCACAGAAGAUGAAGCUCUUCAUUGUUCCAGUGGACAAUGGGCUGCCGCAGAUUGUCGUCAACCGUGGGGCACCGACACUGAACAACCUGGGCUCCGGGCAUCUGGGCUUCCUCCUAACCAACAAGUUCAUCCGUGCUGAAGAUCGUGACAGUGACAACAGCCAGCUGAUCUACUUCAUCUCAACCCAGCCCAAGUAUGGCUACCUGAUGAACCUGGCCUUGGGCAACAUCAGCAUCACCAACUUCACUCAGGAUGACAUAGACAACAUGCGCAUCCAGUACGUGAUCAACCCCAACACCAAUGCCACCAGCGACAUCUUUUUUGUCACUGUCCGUGACCCUGGUGGUAAUGAGUUGCCCAAUCAGCCUUUCCGUCUCAACUGGUCUUGGAUCUCUUUGGAACGUGAGUACUAUGAGGUAAAUGAGACUGACAAAGCACUGGAGCUCAAACUCAUCCGACGUGGAUACCUGGGCGAGACCUCGUUUGUUGGCAUCAAGGCUGUUGAUGGUACAGCCAUUACCAAUGAAGACUUCCGUGGCAAGUCGGCUCGCCAGGUUCAGUUUAACCCUGGACAGGAGAUGGGCUUCUGGCGUGUGCGCAUCAUCAACGACAAAAAGUACGAGCAAGCUGAGGUGUUUGAGGUCAUCCUGCACGAUGCAGUCAUGGGGGCCUUGGAGUACCCUGACCGUGCCCUGAUCAAAAUCUUGGACUCUGAAGACGAAUCCUAUGUGUACAUCGAUGCUGAUAGCCCCUACAUUAUCAAUGAAGACAUUGGGGAGGUGCUCAUUCCAAUCCGACGAGGUGGUGACCUUUCUGAGGAGAUGAUGGUCCUCUGCUCAACGAUGCCAGGCACAGCCACUGGUGCUGAUCCUUCCCCGGUCCACUCCUUCAAUGAUUACAUCAGCCGUCUGGAGGAUGACAAUGACAACUUUGUGCGCUUUGACAAGGACGAGGACCUGGCCUACUGCCGAGUGCUCAUCAUCGACGACUCGCUGUACGAGGAUGAUGAAGACUUCCAGGUCAAACUGACCAUGCCCAUGGGAGGUCGCCUGGGCGAGCCCGCCCAGAUCAAUGUGGUAAUUGCCGCCGAUGCUGCUGAUGAACCCUCAUUCUACUUUGGUGAGGCUGAGUACCAUGUUGAUGAGAGUGAUGGCUACCUGGAGGUACAGGUCUGGCGCACCGGCACCGAUCUGUCCAAGAUGGCCAGCGUCACCGUGCGCUCCCGCGCUUCAACCCCUCCCUCUGCUAUUGCUGGUUUGGACUAUGCUGGAAUCAGCCGCAACCUCGACUUUGCCCCUGGUGUGACCAUGCAGAAUGUGCGCGUCUACAUCAUGGAUGACCUGGGCCAGCCAUUACUGGAAGGACCUGAGACCUUUGAGCUGGUGUUGCGCAUGCCCAUGAAUGCUGUGCUGGGUGCUCCUGCCCUGUCUGUUGUUACCAUCAAUGAUACCGUCUCUGACUUGCCCAAGGUGGAGUUCCGUGAUCUGACCUAUGAGGUCAAUGAGAAUGAUGGCACAGUCACGGCAACCAUCAUCCGUAGCGGUGACCUGUCCAUCACCAGCACGGUCCGCUGCUAUACCCGGCAGGGAUCAGCCCAGGUCAUGAUGGACUUUGACGAGCGGCCCAACAUUGAGUCUUCCAUUGUCACCUUCUUGCCAGGUGAGCGUUCCAAGGAGUGCACAGUCCUGCUGAUGGAUGACAAUGAGUACGAGAACGAUGAACAGUUCCGUCUGGUUCUGGGCAACCCACGCACUGACUCUGGACUGCAAGCCAUGGUGGGAGAACAGAAUGAGACCACCAUCACCAUCCACGACAUUGGAGACAGGCCCAUCAUCAAGUUCCCCGAGACCAGGUUUACCGUGAACGAGCCGACCAAUGAAAAUGAAGUCAACACUGUCCGCAUCCCCGUCAUCAGAAUGGGUGACUCCUCCCAGGUGUCCAUUGUUCGUGUCUUCACCAAGGAUGGUUCAGCCAAGAGUGGCAUUGACUACAACCCACUGUCUCAACAACUGGAGUUUGGCUUCAACGUAACUGAGCUUUAUGUGGACAUUGAAAUCUUGCCGGAUGAGGACAGAAAUGAGAUGAGGGAAGCUUUCACUGUUCACCUGACUAUGGACGACAACAUGAUUGCUGAAAUCCAGAUGAACAAGGCCUUAGUUUACAUCGAGCAAGAAGGCCAGCUGUCAGGUGUUACCUUCCCUUCUGCACCAAUUGUUGUCUCUCUCCUGGACUACGACAACGUUGAAGUGGCCAGAGAAUACCCACCACGUGGUUACCCAGUUGUCUGCAUCACACCCUGUAACCCCAAGCACCCAGACUAUGGCACCACUGGCUCCAUCUGUAGCAACGAGGGCGUCAACGACACCCUGACACAGUUCCGCUGGCUGGUAUCUGCCCCAACCACCACUGGUGGAGUCACCUACCCGCUCAGAGAAGUGGAGAGCAACACCUUCUUCACCGACUCUAACAUGAUCACCCUGGACAGCAUCUACUUUGGCCCCGGCUCCCGCGUGCAGUGUGCUGCCCGUGCCGUCAGCACCCAGGGUGACACAGGCCGGGAGCACACCAGCGUGCCCGUCACCAUCAGUACCGAGGAGGGGAUCUGCUUGCCUCGGUUGGCCGAGGCCAUAGGAGCUGAGCCAUACACUGCUAAGCUCAAAUACACUGGACCUACUGACCUGGAGCAUCCCAACAAACUCAAGCUGACUGUCACCAUGCCUCAUGUUGACGGUAUGUUGCCAGUGAUCUCCACCCGCCAGCUGUCCAACUUUGAGCUUGCCCUGAGCAAGGAUGGUUACCGAGUGGGCACCCACCGCUGCUCCAACCUGCUGGACUACAACGAGAUCCCCACCGAGUAUGGCUUCAUCUCUGAGGAGACUAAGAAUCCCAACGUUAUAGGUGAAUCGCAGCCCUACCAGUUCAAUUCGGAGAUGCGAGGAUCCAGCACGCUGCGCUUCUACCGCAACUUAGACCUGGAAGCUUGCCUGUGGGAGUUCACUACCUACUAUGACAUGUCUGAGCUGCUGAACGAGUGCGGUGGACAGAUUGGAACUGAUGGACAGGUCCUGGAUUUGAUUCAGUCCUAUGUUUCCCUGCGUGUGCCACUCUACGUCUCCAACGUUUACCACUCUCCAGCCAGUGUUGGCGGCUGGCAGCACUUUGAUCAAACCUCCAACCUUCAGCUGACUUUCGUCUAUGACACCUCCAUCUUGUGGCAGAAUGGAAUUGGCGCCCAGGCACUGUCUGAUGAGACUGUCACAGGUUCCCUGUUCCCGACCAGCAUGAGGAUCGAUGAGAAUGGCCGUCUGGUUGUCAACUUCCGCACGGAUGCUCAGUUCCGUGGUCUGUUUGUCUUGGAUCACCCAUCAGUUCCGAUGUCAUCCUCUGUCAUUUCUGUGGACCGACCUGAGCUGACCUUUACCCUCAACCUUGUCCGGUCGGAACCUACCUUUGCCCAGCCUGAGCAGAUCUGGCAGUUCGUCUCUGAUGUUGCUGUUUCAGACUACAGCGGAAUGUACACCAUCCGUCUCAUCCCUUGUCUGACCACGCCCACCCAGGAGUACAGCCUGCCGGUUGUCUGUAACCCGCGGGACAUCAUCAACUUUGACCUGCCCCUGCGCUUCCAGCAAGUCAGUGAUCCUGUGCCGGCCGAGUUCAGCCUGAAUACUGAGUUCAUGCUGCUUGGCAAGGAGAUGCUGUGGCUGUCGGAUGGCUCCAUGGGCUUUGGCGAGGGAACCGAUACUGCAUUUGCUCCUGGUGACACCGUGUUUGGCCGCAUCCAUGUGGACCCAAUUCAAAAUCUCGGGGAGGGAUUCAACUUGAACGUUGAGAAAGUCUUCCUGUGCACUGGACGUGAUGGCUAUAUUCCCAAGUACAACCCAUCCAACCAGGAAUAUGGCUGUGUGGCUGACUCACCCAACCUCCUCUAUGCCUUCAAGAUCUUGGACCGCGGAGCACCAGACACUAUCACUCCCCGAUUUAGUGGAAUUCCAUUUGAUGCUCGCUUGGCUGUAGAUGACCCUAAUGCCUUGGAUCUGGUCCGACAAUCUGGGGCUGAUGGCUUCAGGCUGAGCAGUGACCCACUCUUCCAGGUGUCUUCCGGCCGUCAGUGGUAUGUGCAUGCCAUCUUUACUGUGCGCUCCGCUGAUAACAACAAUAUUGGCAAGCGCAGCGUGGAACACCACAGCUUUGCCCAGGCCCCAGCUAUCAACAGGCUGCGGCGCCAGGCCAUCAGUUCAGUAUCUGGUGAUGACAGUGACUUGGAACUUGGCGAUGGUAAAGGUGUGAACAUCAAGUGGCUGGCACUGACCACCAACGCUCGCUCUGCCAAUGAUAUUGACAGCUUGGAUGUGGCCGGCAACUUGAACAGUGACAAGAACCCUGCUCCCAAGGAUGGUUUCUCCCUGGUGCCCAUCGUAGCCACUGUUGCUGUGCUAGUUGUUCUGCUUGUCAUUGUGAUCUUAGUGCUGGUUGUUCGACGCCGGCGCUCUAAUCCUAAGCCGGUGACCGUUGCUGCAGGUGGAGGUGCCACAAAAGUUGUAGCCAACGGCAACUACAUGGACGACAAUACAGAAGUGUGAUGUGGCAUUGAUGCGUGAGCAAAACGCAUUAUCAUGCUGCUGUGGCACAUUUCUUUUUAGCUCUUUCUGUCUGUCUUCUUAACAAGAAGCUAUGUUGUGGCUCCCUUGCUGUUAAAUAAUUUAUAUUUGUGUAAGAAGUUAUGUUUUUUCGAGAGCCGAUUUUGUUGUCUUUGGGUUUUUUGUUUUGCUCUUUUUUAUGUUGUAGGUUUGGAUGGAAGAAAUAGCCCUUCUUUAAAGAUCCUGAGGGCAGACGAAAGAAAACUUUCAGAAAAUUUUCACUUGGUGCUCUGCAGAUUUUUUUGUGUUGUAAUAAUGAAUGUAAAAUGAAUUUUUACCCCUGUGAAUUACUAGUUUUUAAUCAGCUGUAGGUUUAUUUUUUAUAUAUUCACACACGUUGUGGUUUUUGGUGUUAUUUUGCUCUAUUUUUGUAUCAUGUAGAACUGUUGUUUCUUUCCCCCGUAGGUAGGUGUUGACUUUUGAGUGGUUUAACCUGCUGGUUAUCAUUCACAGUUGAUUUGACCUACAUCAGAAAUUGUGUGUUUUCCAAUUAUUGGAUUUUAAAUAUAAACUGUAAUAGUAUUUUUAAGAAGCAGUGUUAAAAUAACCUUUUCUUUUAUAUCUGCUAUUAACAAUUGGUUUUGCCGUCGUGGAACAGACAGUACACUGAGCAGUAGGUUGUAUCCCAGUGUGAAUUCAAUCUCUGAAAAAAAAAAAGAUCACCAAGAUCUGAGAAAACCUGUCUUAGAUAUUUUUCUCUUGUUUCAGAAACAUUCAGUGGAUAUUCAGAAUUUGUGUUGCUGUUAGGUCUGUGAAGAUUUGCCUGUAUAUUCUUGUAUCGCCAUUACCGCUGCAUCAGUCCCACCCAUUUUGUUGUCAUGGUUCUGGUCCCACAUAUUCAUGAAUUCCUUGGCAACCUAGGGGUGGGUCAGUCUCAUCUAUUUAAUUAACACCUGUAAAUAGUAAGUAGUGGUCUUUAAACUAUAUUCCGUAAUAGGCUGCACGCAUUUAAAAUAAUCUGUAGUGGGAAAAAAUACAAUUUCACACAAAACAAAGAAAACAAGAACAGAUGUAAAAAAAAAAACUAUUUUACCACACUGUGCAUAAGUGUGCAUGUAGUUGUAGCUUAGCUCACCAUGACAUCAGUGAAUUUUGAAUACUUCAUAUCAAAUUGUUUAGAGUGAUGAUUUAUGAUAUCAUGUGGCAUCUUUCCCCAUGUGUGACUUGAGGUGACCAGUUUACAUGGAAAAAUCACCUUGUUACAUUUUGAAUAAGUAUUUCAAAACUUGAAUUUUUUUGCAGUGCGAGAUGGAUAUGUUUACUCUGAAGUGAUAAAACGUUUCCUGGAACAAAACACAGCCUGCUAUGUUCUCGGCAUACACUUUGACCUCUACAAUUGGACCAAAUGUACAAACACUAGCUAUCCAUACAAGAUUUGCCACUUCUUCCUGAAUGUGCAAACUGAAAUUUCAUUUUAGUUCAGUUAUUUUUGUUUUGUGGUGGAAUGCUCGAUACUUUUAGGCUUGUAACUUAAUAACAUUAUUCAACAAAUAGUGCACUUAAUAUCUUAUUAAAGAAAAUACCCUCUCUAGUGACUUAGAAAUUAAAUGAAGCUUUCUUGUGAAUCAAAUCAGAGUUACUUGUUCUGAUGGUUGUGAACUCACGAUUGUGAACUCACGUAAGGGGGAUUUUGCUGGAAAAUGCUUAGUGUUUUUUGACUGUUCAAUGUCUAGGAACAAAAAGAAAAAUAUUUACUGGUUUGUAUUCCUGGAUGAGAGUCUCUGUGGUAUUUUUUUUCUUUCUACAGGAAAAUGAGUAUCACCGAGGUUAGUAGUCCUGAAGCCAUUUUGUGCCUUGGUUAGUAAGUUAUUAAUCCUUUGAUGGUGCUGUUUAAAGAUAAAUUAGAAAAAAAGAGAUUACCGUGAUUGCCACAGUGCAGAAUUCCCAACAUUAAAAUUUCAGGUACACAAUACAAUCCUUGCCUUGUUAAAGACAAAAAGGGGUUCACCAUAAGGAAAAAAAAGUCUUAUCUCCCGAACAUGGUCAUUUUCCAAGGUGGAAAUUUUCCAUUUUCCAAUUUGGAAGUGAAAUUACCUUGUUUUGCAAUAUGUUGUCAAUGAUAUUUAAAAGAAUCAGUUCACUUGCAAUGAUAUUUCUUUUUAAUUUUAAGUGGUAACCAGCUUUUAUUUGUAAUUGAAAUACACUCUUAUCAUUAAUUGUUUUCGCUUUUAAAGCUGAGGCGUGGAUUUUAAAACUUGCACGAUUUCUUUUUUGUUUGUAUUAUUAAAUAAAGUAUGCUAAACACACUGUAUUUCCUGUAGUAGACGACAGAUAAUUUCCCCCCAUUUAUUUGUAUUUUACCAAUUUUCUGGUGACAGGUUCCUAUGACAACGUAUACUGUACUAGCAUGUACCAGGUGCCAGGGGGUAUGCUGCAAUGGGAUUAUUUUACGUCAUUAAAAUAAGGGCAUUGCAUUGGCUUGGCGGGAAAAACACA